ACAAUGACCACUUGGUUAAGAAUAUGGAUGACAUGGAUUUUCAAUUUAAAGCAGAACAGAAAAAGAACUUAGAAUUGCUGGGAGAAUUGCAAAAAGCAGAAAUAAAUGCUGCUACUACUAUUGAGCUUCAAGAAAGAAUCAAGAAUAUUCAAAGAGAAAAUGAAAUGUUAAGAGAAACCAAUGAUAAAUUAAUUAAGAGCACUCUUGCUGUAGAAAAAGAACGAUCAAUUAACCAAAUGGAAGACAUAUUGAAGGAAAAAAUAUCAAAUUUGGAAGCAUCUCUUCAGUUUCAAAUAAAAGAAAAGAAUGCCAUUGAGCAGGAGUAUAGUAAAGAAAAAGAAAUAUUUGCUGUAAAAGAAGAAGCCCACACUCAACUUAAAGAUCAUUUUAAUCAAGUAAAGUCACACCUUGAAGAAUUAGAAGUUAAAGUUAAUGUCUUGAAAUCACAAGAUGUAAGUUUUGAUGAAUUAGGUGAAGCUUUGAACUUGCUGAAACUGAAGAAAGAUAACAAAAUAAGUUUUGUUGAUGAUAUUCCUCAAGCAGAAUUAGAUGAUCUUCUUGCUAAAUUGGAAAAGUCUGAAUUAGAUCACGUAGAGACUGUCAAGGAGCUACACAAUAUUCGAGAUCUACUCAUGACUCAAUAUGAUGUAAAUAAGGCUUCCCAGAUUGAAGUCAAAGCUCUGACAGAAAAGCUUGAUCAGCAAGAAAAAGAAUUUGCUGCCAAAGUAGAAGAAUAUUCACACUUGCUUGAUUUACGAGCUGCACGAAUUCAGAAACUUGAAAAACAACUGAAUGAUAUUGCUUAUGGAACCAAAAGUUUUACCAUUCCUGAUGAUGAAUGUGAUAAUGAAAUGCUGAGAACUGAGACCUUGAGUAGAGGAGAAAACAUUUUUGAAAUCCAUAUUAUCAAAAUUGAUUUCAAUAAUGCUGGGAAGAAAAAACUUGGCUCAAAUCCAAAUGUCUUCAUGACUUGGAAUUUUUAUGAAUUUGAACUACAGUCUACUCCUGUUGUUUCUGCUCAAAAACCCAGUUUUAAUUUUACUGCUCAAUAUAAUGUUCAAGUGGAUGAUUAUUUUUUGUGUUAUCUUCAUGAAAAUGCAAUUACGCUGGAACUUCAUGAGUGUUUUGGUGUGGAUUAUAAAACAGUUGCUACAUCACAACUACAUUUUUCUGACAUUAUAUCCAAGUCUGUUAGUAGAAUUCAUGGAACCCAGUCUUUGAUUAAUUUUAUUUCAGGCGUAGAAGAUUCUGAUAUUUCUUUGGGAUCAGUGGAGUUUUGGGUGCGUUUAAAAGUACCGAUGGAGGAAACUUUCAGGCUGUUUAAGGAAAAAUUGAAAGCUUUGAAGUACAUACAACAUAACAAAGAAAUGUCUUCCUCUGCUGUGAGUUUGUUGAAGCAACCUGUUGGUAAAGAUUUACAUGUUAAUGAGUUACACAUCAAAAUAAUCAGAGGAUUGAACUUAAGUUCAAGACAAAAAGAUAUACAACCAUCAACAUUUUGUGCUUACAAGUUUUAUGAUCUUCCUGAUCAGUAUACUGUGGUCAUACCAGCUUCAAAUAAUCCUGAGUUUUCUGAUCAUCGAACAUUUUCUCUAUACCUUGACCAUCCUUUUGAGAAGUACAUACGAACUGAAAACUUAUUCAUCUAUGUUUUUGAUGAUAAUGAACCAGAUAUCACAUCAUAUAUAGGAAGAGCAGAAGUACCACUUCAUCCUUUGUCCCAAAAUCAGCCAAUCAAAGGACUAUUCCAGUUAAAAAAAAAUAAAGAUCUUGAUUGUGGUUCCAUUGAAAUUUUAAUAUAUUGGCAGUAUGAUUACACCCCUUUUUCAUCAGAAAAUGUUCAUUUCAUUCCACAGCCUCAAAGAUCACCAUCAAAAAGCAUUAAAUCAUCCAGCUCUGAAGAAGAAAUUGUAAGUGGCGUAGAUUCUCCUAAACUUUCUCUACCCGUACAGCCACCUGUACCAAAACCACGCAGGAGUGUUCCAAGCAAGCCAAUGACUUCUACUCCUUUGAUCAAAAAACUUAGUGCAUCCUCUUCUUCAGAUGAUGUGAUUCCAGGAGGGUCAAAACAAAUGUUAUAUGAAGAUGUUUCUGAUGAGGAGAAAGAAAAUUUUUCAGACGAAGAAUCAGAUAAUUCCACUGAUGACGACAAAGAGCACUCCCUUAAAUCUAAAUUAGAUUCUGGAAAAUUAACAACCAUCACAAUAACUGUGUCCUAUCUCAUUUUAAAUGAAGAUGCUGCAGUAUUAGCUGAUGAUAGUAUAAAAAUGCUAUAUGUGGAGUACAGAUUUUUAGAUUAUCCACUCGAAGAACUUGAAACACCAUUUUCAUUGCCAAAAGUUGAACCACCUGAAAAAAUAAAUUUUAAUUUUGAAAAAGUAUUUCAACUUAAACCUAAGGACAUUGAGAGAUGGAACUUGUUGUGUCAAAUGCUUUUUUCAGAAUCUCCAGAAGCAAGCUUGAUUAAGUUCACUGUUGUAAGUGAACCUCCUUCGGAGGAAGAUGAUUUGGAAUGUGAAGAUUUGGGUUUUGGUUAUAUAGAUCUAUGUGAAGUAUUGAAAAACAAGAGAAAUCUUAUUGGUGAAGAUAUAGUUAUUUAUGAUGCGAAAGACAACGAAACUCAAAUCGGAAGACUCAAUAUCACAAUAAAAGCUUUGGAUGCUCUUUCUUAUGUCAAAACUAUUAUGGAAUCAUGA